AUGACCAGACUGGGAGCGUCGUCGUUGACGGCAGUGGCCCGUAGUUAUUACAUUAGGCGAACACUGACGACGACGUCAGAGUCUGCAGUGGGUCCACCAAUCCCACCGGCGUCGUCAUCCCAGCCGACCCGCCCAUCACGUUUGUCAUACCCUAUUCCACGUCGCACCCCAACCCACUCGUCGAAUGACUACGCACGCACGGACCCAAAUCACCCCCGGCACCCCACACAUCCCCACCUCAGUGGCCGGGGUCUCGGCCUCCCAGCUACAUUUGGCCGGAACCAGCUUCUCCCCGUUUCAGACUCAACACGGGCGCUUCUCGAGCAGAUAGUACGCUCGUUCGAUGCGCCCGUGCGGUAUGCAUUUGCAUAUGGCUCAGGCGUAUUUGGACAGGUUGGAUAUGACCACCUCGACGAGGACAAACGCAAGCAGAGCAGAGCGGACAAACCGAUGCUCGAUUUCAUCUUUGCGGUGAACCAUCCAGACCAUUGGCAUUCUAUCAAUAUGCAUCAGUACCCUGGUCACUACCCUCUCCAUGCGCGGAUGUUGGGGUCGUCUUUCGUUACCAAGGUCCAGGAGAUGGGACCAGGAGUAUGGUUUAAUACUUACGUGCCAAUGCACGAUGUGACGAUCAAGUACGGCGUCACAUCUGUCGACACACUCUGUGCCGAUCUCCUCAAUUGGAGAACGCUCUAUCUUGCUGGUCGGAUGCACAAACCUCUCCGAAUAAUCAAAGAUGACGCCCGCGUACGUCUCACGCAACAAGUCAACCUCACCUCAGCACUACGCACCGCUCUGCUAAUGCUCCCAUCGCAAUUUGCAUCUCGCGAUUUGUUCAUGAGCAUCGCGUCCAUUAGUUAUAUGGGCGAUCCACGGAUGGUCUUACCCGCCGAGAAUAGGAACAAGGUGAAGAACGUGGUGGACAGACAGGAGGGACAGUUCAGAGAGCUGUAUUGGAGGUUGGCACAGGGACUACCGGGGGUGAGGUGGUCAGCAGGGUCGGAUGUCGUCGAGCAGGAUGUCAGUCCACAAGCGAGGGUAGCACACAUGAAGAAGUUACCCCAGGGACUGUUGGAUCGCGUGCAUGCGCGUAUGAAGGAGAGAAGUGGUGUCUCGAGAGAGGCGGAUGAGCUUGCGUAUUGGAUACGUGUAGCAGGCGAUGAGUCUAUGCCAGUGAUUUUGCAACAGGAGAUGUGCAAGAUCGUGCGGUACCCUGCGACGGUGCAGACCCUGAAAGGGGUCGUGAGUGCAGGUGUAUCCAAGAGUACACGAUACGCCGCUGCCAAGGUGGGCAAAUGGUGGAAAGGUGUUCGAUCAUCGUCUUCGUCGUCGUAGUGCUUUGACCAGGUCUCGAUAUACCAACACUAAUAUGGUGUACCCCCUGUACUGACAUAAGCCGCCACUCCUAUUCCAACUAACCCCCUCUACAUUCGUUUCGUUUCCUUCGACUUGUUGACAAUAGUACAAACCACAUUCGAAUACGCCAUGAAACGCGGAUUUCUUACUACCGAUAGAGCCAAGCGUGCUUUGGAGAAGGAAUACCCUGCAAAACGACGAGUACUGGCUGCGCCACUUAGCAGCGCAACCCCUAGUACCACUGCUACCACUGGUGUCCAUGCCAAUACCCCUACCGACGACGGCGCUUCGCCCACCGUUCCACCCGCGGUAGGGGUCCCUGAAGAAUCUGGUAGAGAUGUGGGCGCGUCGUCCGAGCCUAAGGCUGUGUUGACUGGUACACACGCAUCUGAUGCUGAUACCAACAAAGGGU